AUGACAGAAUAUAAACUUGUUGUUGUGGGAGACGAAUAUGACCCCACAAUUGAAGACUCUUAUCGUAAACAAGCUGUGGUUGAUGGAGAAACAUGUUUAUUAGACAUCUUGGAUACAGCUGGUCAAGAAGAGUAUAGUGCAAUGCGCGAUCAGUAUAUGAGAGGCGGCGAAGGUUUUUUGUGUGUAUUUGCUGUUAAUAAUUCAAAAUCAUUUGAAGAAAUUAAACAAUAUAGAGAACAGAUAAAAAGAGUAAAAGAUGCUGAUGAUAUCCCGAUGGUGUUGGUUGGAAAUAAAAUUGAUUUACCUACUCGUACAGUUGAUAUGUCAAAUGCAAAAGAUUUUGCUUUAGCAUUAAAUAUGCCAUUUGUGCAAACAUCAGCCAAAACUCGUCAAGGAGUUGAAGAUGCCUUUUAUACACUUGUACGAGAAAUUAGAAAACAUAAAGAACGUACUCGAAAAGAUAAAAAGAAUCGUGCAAAAGGCAAGAAAACUGGAAAUAAACAAAAUAGAAAACGGUCGUGUGUAUUGAUGUGA